GCGACGUGAGAGGGGGACGUUGUUUCCACUGUGUGUGUGGCACUCGAUUUUUGAGGAAGUCAAGAAACUGAAGGAAAUGGACGACACAUGCACGGAUAUUUGUGAUUCCUUCUUAUAUUUAUCAACGCUGACAAAAUGGAUUUGUAACUUCGAGACAGUAUUCGUGGACAUGGAUCGAGGAGCGACUUAUACGCUCUGAAUCAAGCGACGCGGUGCUAGCUUGCUAGCUCGCUCUUUGAUGUUUGUUCAUCCGGCCGUUGGUGUUGUCAUAUCGGAUGCUACCGUUUGAAUCUUCUUGCUCGGAUUUAAGACGAAAAUACCGAUUUAUGAGAUAAACCUAACCUCAAAGUGUAGAUAACACCUGGGGUCUUUGAGCGUUUUGCUCCAGUUGUUAGCUGAUAAUAGAAGUAGCGAUUAGCGACAUCGUUAGCCAAAAUAAGUUAGGCUAAUUAACAUAACGUUAGCUAAGGAAAUAAGGAACAAUAGAAACGUGUGCUUGUCAACAUGACAAUGCCUGAACGGCCUCCAAGGUUAGUUUGGCAACAGUUCAGAAGUAGUAAACCAUAAUGGUUUAAACCUAUUUUAUUUGUUCCUUCUAAAUGACCACCGUUUUUUCUCUUUACCCUUGUAAUUGAAGUGUAUUCAGUUAUGAGGUUAAAGAUUAAUCAGCAUGUCUUGCUUUUGCAGCAUAUGUAAUUUGGUGCUCCCAAUGCCAGGGAGGUAGGUGAAUAAGAAACUGUCAUACAACUUCCUUAGCAGCUGAGACUUUUAAAAGCAAAGGCAUGUGACAUUUUCAGUCAUUUCUGUCAGUACCAGCAGUCCAUUCUCCAAAUUCUUUGCGAAAAUGUGUUAAACCAGAGCAGGAGAAUUUGUACAUCCCACAUUUUUAUUUAUUGAAGGCUAUAAAUCCUUCCAGAACAGCCUCAUUAAGUGAAGCUUAUACCUACCAAAUAUGCGUCUUUCUUCCUUUUUGGCCGUGUUCAGGCCUGCUUUGCCCCUCAUCCUCGGGCUGUCUCUGGGAUGUAGUCUGAGCCUUUUGAUGGUGUCCUGGACACAAGGAGACACCGACGACUCCUGUGGAGAUGAACUAAGCAACGGGAGGCUUUUCCUGGGCAGAGGAGAUGCCCAGAGGGACUCAAGAGAUGGAGCUGGAGAUGAAGAUUUUCAGCCUCGUAUAGUGCCCUAUCAUAAGGAUCCCAACAAGCCUCACAAGAAGGUCCUCAGAACUCGAUACAUUCACACUGAACUGGGCAUCAGAGACCGUCUCCUGGUUGGAGUCCUGACUUCUAGAGCCACCCUCAACACACUGGCUGUGGCUGUGAAUCGCACAGUUGCUCAUCAUUUCCACCGCACCUUUUUCUUCACGGGCCUGCGCAGCCCUAAGGUGCCUCAUGGGAUGACUGUGGUAGCCCACGGUGAUGACCGUCCUGUGUGGCUUAUGUACGAGACCAUACGUCACCUCCAUCAGCACUAUGGCUCAGACUAUGACUGGUUCCUGUUAGCCCAGGAUGACACUUAUAUGCAAGCUGAUCGUCUGUCUGAGCUGGUGGGUCACCUCAGUGCAGGUCAGGAUCUGUACAUGGGCAGAGCGGAGGAGUUUAUCGGUGGAGAAGAGAAGGCACGCUACUGCCACGGAGGCUAUGGCUAUCUGCUGUCUCGCAGUCUGUUGGCUCGUCUGCAACCACAUCUCGAUACCUGCCGUAAUGACAUCCUCAGUGUGAGACCUGAUGAGUGGUUGGGCCGCUGCAUUAUCGACUACCUGGGUCUCAGUUGUGUGGAGGUGCACCAGGAGAUGACCUAUCGUUACUUUGAACUUGGGAAAAAUGCAGAUCCAGAGCGUGAGGACAGCGUACAGUUUAAAAAUGCCUUCACAGUCCAUCCUGUGUCAGAACCGAAUCUGAUGUACCGCCUGCACAAACGUUUCAGCAAGAUUGAGCUGGAGCAGACAUACCUACAGAUUCAACAGCUGCAGAUGCAGAUCAACAACCUGAGUGACCUCACACCAGAGGGUAAGGCUGGAGUCACAUGGCCUAUUGGUAUCAACCCUCCCUUCAAACCAAGAACCCGCUUUGAGGUUAUUAACUGGGAGUACUUCACUGAAGAGCAUAUUUACUCAUGCGUUGACAGCUCCCCUAAGUGUGAAAUGAGAGGGGCUGACCGUGCGGAUGUUAAUGCAGUUUUAGAGAUCGCUGUGGAGCGUCUCAACGAGCGAUACCAGCCUCAGCUACGUUUCCGAAAGCGCCGUCUACUCAACGGUUACAGACGUUUUGACCCCACACGUGGUAUGGAGUAUGUGCUGGACCUCGCACUGGAAGCCUACACCCAAAAGGGCCACAGUCAAGUCAUUGCCAAACGGGUUAACUUGUUGCGACCUCUAAGCGCAGUUGAGAUUAUCCCAAUGCCUUAUGUGACUGAGGCUACACGGGUCCAGGUUAUUCUUCCUGUCACAGCCCAGGACCAGGAUUUUGUCGGGAACUUCCUGGACAUGUAUGUGAUGAACACUUUAGACACCCAUGACAAUGUGUUACUCACCUUUCUGUUUAUCUAUGAUCCUUUUGAUGCCCAGCGAGUCAGCCAGACUGAUGUUUUUGCUGGUGUCAAAGCCAUGAUUGGGGAAGUGGAGAAGCGAUACGGGGAUGUGAAGAUUCCCUGGAUUAGCGUGAAGACAGAGGUUCCUUCGCAGGUCAAACUAAUGGACAUAAUCUCCAAGAAACACCCAGUGGACACACUGUUCUUUCUAGCCAGCGUGUGGACAGAGGUCAAUGCUGACUUCCUGAAUCGCUGUAGAAUGAAUGCCAUCAGCAACUGGCAGGUUUUCUUUCCAAUUCACUUCCAAGAGUACAGUCCUGCUGUCGUCUACCGGGACCAGCAGCCCUCUGCCGCCUCCUCCUCUUUCGCUUCUGAGUCACUGCGGGACGGCCACUUUGAUCGCCAUGUCUUUGACGAAGCCUGCUUUUACAACGCGGACUACAUGACCGCUCGGACCAAGAUGGCUGCAGACAUCUUGGACAACGAGGAGCUCUUGGAGAGUAUGGAUGUGUAUGACAUAUUUGUGCGCUACUCUGGGCUGCAUGUGUUCAGAGCCGUGGAGCCAGCGUUGAUCCAGAAAUAUGUGCGGAGAACCUGUAACCCUCGAUUUAGUGAGGAUAUCUACCACCGUUGUGUCCUCAGUAACCUGGAGGGUCUGGGGUCACGCUCACAUUUAGCUAUGGCUCUUUUUGAACAAGAGCAGGCCAAUAGCACCUAGAGACCUGGCGUUUUGAAAGUGUAGGGGCCUUAAAUACACUGCCAUGACUAAAGAACUUGCACAAAAUAAUGUGAAUCAUAUUAAGGGACUUUUGUAAUCCACACACUGCAAUUCUCACUUUUGUAUUUGGCAGAAAGCAUUCAGUAUCAACAGGAGACGAACAACAUGUUGCUCAUGGACAUGUCAACACAGUAAGCAUGCUGAAGCUUCUUCCCGGCAAAAAACUUUGAGUCCAAUACAUAUUAACUCUUCUGACUCAUGAGUCUACAACUUUGCCUCUGUCACAUCUUAUGAGUCACACUGAUGUCUUCUUGCACAAUUCCUUGAACGUGGACUACUUUUAUUCCUGCCAUUGAUUCUCACAGGGGCUGAACAAUAGUAUUUAUGCUACCAGUUUUCUAGUAAAAUCGGAGGAUUUGUCUUGAAUGAAUAAAAGAACAAAGGAUGCAUUGGUUAUUUUGAACUUGGAAAAACAUGAGUCUCCCUUUGUGAAGAUGUUGAAAUACUGGGAAAAAAGCUGGAGCUGCCUUUUCUUUUAAGUGUUAAUUUUGUAAGAGGUAUUAAAGAGUAAUAUUUCCA